UACACACGUGACGCUCGAAUCAGAAGCUCGGUUUUGUUUUUUCUCCGAGUUCCAAGUAAUUCGCGCAGUGAAGUGUUUGUUAUUUAUUUACUCAAUAAUAUAAAAUAUAAUUUACAUAAAUUACGCAAAGUAAAAUUAAAGACACUGUCGUCUCUAAUAAAGUGUCCAUUUAAUUAUUUAAUCUCAAAGUGUUAGUGCAGUGCGGGAAUUUUAAAAACAAAAAUGUCGACUUAUUUCAUUCAAAUUCUAUUUAAUUAAAAAAAAAAUAAAAUACAUUUGCAACUAAUUAAUUAAAUUAAAUUUUAAAUAAUAAUUUCAAAAAUAUACUAGAUAAUUAAUUAUCAAUUAGUCUUAUUAAUAAUUAUUUAAAAUGGAUAAUAAAUAAUCAGCUCAAUAAUUUAUUUAAAAAUGGCGGGAAUGGCGUUCGAGUGAAGUGUCAGUUUUUUAAAUUAUUUUUUUUAGUGUUGUGUUUUAAAUGUGUAAUAAUAAAAAGUAACGUUACUUGUAUGUAAUUAAUCUAGAAUAAUUAAUAAAUCGAGUUUUUUUUUGGUGAAAUAAAUAAAAUGUCCAGACUCAAGAGCAAACUUCUGGCCGAUAAUGUCACGAAUCGUGACAUCAAACGUUAAUUGACGUUAAUAAGUUCUAACAAGACAUACGUGUAUAUGUAUAUAUAUGUAUGUGUAUGUAUACAUGUACAUGGAUACUUUUGGUAUUUAAAUAUUUUAAGUAAAACGUAAUUGUGGAGUACUUGAAAGAAAAACGUUUUACUUCCUGUUCCAACGGAAGUCAUAUGCCCAUACACGCUCGAAAAUCGCGGACAGUCUGCGAAGAAAUCGAGAUGGUUGAGCUGAGUGGUAGCAGCCAGCCAACAGUGAUGCUGGGACAAUUGAAUACUGGUGGAUUACCACUGGGUACAUCAGUACCUGGAUCGUCGUCAUCCUCGUCAACGACAACAACCGCGGCGUCCUCGUCAACAACAACGACAACAAGUCGGUCGGGUGUCCUGGAGACCCAAGUACGAGGCCAGUGGUACCGCGUGUUUGUUUCUCUGGAGGACGACUAUCUGAGCAUAUCCCUCGACGAGAGUUACGAGCAUGUACUCGCGGGCAAUGGCGGUCCGCUAAACGGCAACAUAAAUAACAAUAAUAUUGACAGUCUGAAUGAUCCGGACGUACCGGACUCGGUGGCAAAUCAGAAGCGCAUUGUUCGCGUUGUCAAGAGCGACAACAAUGGUCUCGGUAUUUCAAUAAAAGGCGGGAAAGAAAAUAAAAUGCCCAUUCUCAUAUCCAAGAUCUUCAAAGGUAUGGCUGCUGAUCUUACAGAACAGCUUUAUGUCGGUGACGCUAUUCUCGCGGUGAAUGGCGAAGAUCUACGUGAAGCCACUCAUGAUGAAGCUGUCAAGGCUCUUAAACGCGCUGGCAAGGUUGUGGAACUCGAGGUGAAAUAUCUACGAGAGGUGACGCCGUACUUCAGAAAGGCUUCAAUAAUUCAAGAAGUCGGCUGGGAACUUCAACGGGGAUUUUUGAGUGCGACCCCGCCGCCGCCGAAAUCGCCACCGCGAGCGGACACGCGUUAUCUUCCUCUGCAGCUCUGCAGACUUACCCGAGCUCAUCCAUCCGCUGAUCCCGAAGGUCGGAUUUUGGAACUCCAUUCGCCUGACGGAGUCCACGAGUGCUGGCUAAGGGCAGUCGACACAACUGAAGCGAAUGUUUGGUUCAAUGCACUCCAUUCAGCGUUGGCUUCGCUAACAUUGAAAGCUUUGAGGCUCGCAUCAGUGCUUCCGGAUCCUCCACAUCUCCAACACAUCGGCUGGCUGGCCAGACGUCACUGUGUUCAGAACGGACGAGCAUCGAGUGAAAGCAGCGAAGACGGGGCCGGCAGUAGUACGAGCAUGUCUCGAGUCGCCGGGAGUUACAUCGGUGUCAGUUGCGCCGGGGGAUGGCGGAGCGUCUUCGGGGCAGUAUCAAGCCGGGAGCUGAGGCUCUAUGAAUGCGCGCCCUGGAGCCCGGAGGCUUGGGCGUCACCGAGCAUCACGUGUCCACUUAUAGCCACCAGACUCGUUUCAUCGUCAACAAGAAAUAAUGAAGCCGGGUCCAGCAGCGGCAGCAGUAAUAGCGGAACAAUGAACGGAGCAACAUUUGCAGUACGUGUUGGCACCAUAGACGGGGUUAUUACACAUCACCUGAGGGCUGAAACGCGAAGAGAUUUAGCUGCCUGGGCGAGGGCAAUAGUUCAAGGGUGUCACACAGCAGCUCUCUCGUUACGUGAAUACACUGUCCGCUGUUUAUGGCAAGGUAGACCGUGUAAACUGGUCGUCAACACCGAAGAAGGUUUUAUGCUCUACGCAGCAGGUGCAAGACCCGUCAACGGAGCUAGUCCGGGAUCCCCACCGGCCCCGCUCUGGAAACGGUCUUUCGACAAACUGAGACUGUCUGCUGAUGAUGGCUCCAGAUUGCUAUGGCUCGACUUUAUUGACGACGACAAUGAGCUUGAGCUGGACCUCGAGAGCUGCCCCAAGCCGAUAGUUUUCGUUCUUCACAAUUUUUUGUCUGCUAAAAUCCAUCGCCUCGGAUUGAGCGCAUAGGGAUACGAGGGGACUUCUGAAGAAGUCCCCGAGCUUCCUCCGCACACAACGAGGUCUGUAACCAGCGUCUUUCUUCACUAGAAAUAAAUAUCAUUAUUUAUUUGACAGUUGAAUUUAAUUUUAAUUUAAAGACACCGGUUUUUAUAAAAUAAAUAAAAUUAAAUUCUUCCUUACUCAGGACUCGUUGAAAAAAAUAAUAAAUAAAUAAAAUAUUUAAAAAUUGAUUGAUACUUGACGCACGAGAGCAAUCAAUCAAAGCCAACAGAGUCAACGACUUAUAACUUAAGAAAGUAUGAAAAAUAAAAAUAUAAAUUUAACUUGUCGUUAAAUUGUCGAUAUUUAUUAAUUUAUAAAUAUUUAUUUAAUUUAAUUGAUAAUUAAUAAUUAUCGACUUGAAGCCAUCCACGAUAUUGUUGCCACGAGAACUUUGAUAAUUAAAUUAAUUAAUUAGGUAAUAAGUCAAUUGAUGGUAAAUAUUAUUAUUAUUAUUAUUGUUAUUAUUAUUAAUUAAUUAAUAAAUUGGUAACGAAGAUAAGUUUUGCUAAUUAAAUUGCGCCUGGAUGUUGGCAUAAGUAAAUAAUUGUCCUUUUAUUAAUAAAUAAAAACAAAUAAUUAUAAUAAUAAUAAUAAUAAUAAUAAUAAUAUUAAUGAUGAUAAUAAUUAUAUUGAAGGUUUCAAUGAGAGAUAUGUUGAGUAAUUAACGAAUUAAUGGUAAUUAUUAAUAUAAAUAUUAUAUGAUUAAUUAGAUGUAAGAUAAAUAUUUGUGUGGAAGACAAUGGGGUUUAAUUAAUAAAUAAUUUAUGACCAAUUAUUUUAUAAAGUUUGAUAUUUGUUUAAUUAUUGUCGGGUUGUUUUAAUAAAAUUUAUUAAUUAAACCUCCUUACAAUAAUUAAGUAAAUUUAACGACACUCAAUUAAGCUAAAUAUCAUUUAUUGUAAUUGUUGAGAAGUUUACUCGCUGGUCUCGAAUUAAAUCAAUUUUUUAAAAUAUAUAUACGACAUUUUUUUUUUGCUAGACGAUUUGAUUAUGCAGUGGCGCCAUUUUACAAAAUUUAUU